CUGGACGUUAAAGUCUUUGUGCACACCGAAGUCGGCGUCAGUGGUUCCGUUCUGACAAUUUAUUCCUCGCUUUUAUUUGAAUUCCUGUCAAGAGUUCACAGUUUUCCUUUAAGAUGUCGAUGUUUUGGGGUCUGAACAUGAAGCCUGAGCGCAAGUACUCGCAGACGAUCAUCAAGUCGUUCCACAUUUCGGGCGUCGCCCUCGACAAGGGCCAGGAGGCCAAGUUGUACCUGGCGGCCGAGAAGCAGGAAUAUAUCGUGGCGACCGUGAGCAAGGCCAUUCCACAAGUGGCUCUUGAUCUUAACUUCAGCAAGGGCGAUCGCAUUAUGUUCCACACUGCAGGCGACGCCAGCGUUUCGCUGUUGGGCUAUUUGCACGACAUUGACUCCGAGGAUGAGGACGAGGAGUUCACCCUUGAGAAUUUACUGAAGGGCAAGGAGGGCAAAAAAAACAAGAAGGCGGAGGCCGAUGAUGAAAAUGAGAGCGGAGAGGAAGAGGAGGAGGGGGACGAAGAUACUGACGAUAGUCAGCUAAUAGGAGAAUACGAGUCCUUCCUCGAGAAUGGAGAGGAUGAAGAUGACGACGAUGAAGAGGAGGACGAUGAAAGCGGCGAAGAAGAGGACGAUGACAGCGAAGACGACUCGGAGGCGGAGGAGGAACAGCCAAAGGCCAAGGUUGCUAAGCUGUCGCCGGGCGCCAGUGCGAAGAAGUCCGGAAAGGAGCAGAAUGGUGUGGUCAAGAAGGAGGAGGCCAAGCCGCAGCAAAAGAAGAAGGAAAAGCCUGAGGCUAAAAAGGAACAGCCCAAGGCCAAGGAGCAGGCCAAGCAGCAGACGACCGGAGAGCCGCGCACCAUCACCGGAGGCGUGAAGGUUCAGGAUGUGCUCGCCGGCAAGGGCGAGGAGGCCAAGCCGGGCAAACGCGUUUCCGUGUACUACAUCGGCCGUCUGCAGUCGAACAACAAGACCUUCGACAGCCUGCUGAAGGGCAAGCCCUUCAAGUUCUCGCUGGGCGGCGGCGACGUAAUCAAGGGCUGGGACGUGGGUGUAGCCGGCAUGAAGGUGGGCGGCAAGCGUCGCAUUACCUGCCCCCCGGCCAUGGCUUACGGCGCUCGCGGAGCACCGCCCAAGAUCGGCCCGAACUCGACAUUGGUCUUCGAUGUGGAGUUGAAGGCAGUGCACUAAUAGCACUAACUUAACAUCAUGUAGACUCGUAAUCAUAUAGCCUUUAAGAAUCCGCGUCGUACAACUUGAUAAAAUAUUAAAUAAACCAUUGUUUUUCACGCUGUUCAUAAA